AACGAGUUGACAGUUACAAGUGCGAUGAUCUACGAACGUUCGCUCACCAUGUCGCAACCACAGAGCUGGGAGAGUAUAACCGGUUUUGCUGCUUCUUUAGUGAACACAGCCAAUGAGCUUUUUAGCGGUGGAGAUGAAGCAGAGGCCUUGCUUAUGUUCGAGUCAGCGCACCACGUUUUGCGUACGCCAUCCGCCGAGGUUCUGGCAGUUGCGGCUAAGCAGUAUCAGCUUAGCACCGAUCGUCUGCACAAUAAUGAAUCUGAUCGGUCAAAGGAUGGUCCGAUCUGCCCCGCUGAUCUUUAUCAAGAAGAUGAAUGUGACGUCGGCCCGCGACUUCUCCGCUCACCAAUUCGCUUGGACGGGAUUUAUCCUUUGCAUAGUGAAGCUGCUAUUGUCGAAACUGCAAUCGUCUUCAACAAAGCUUUGGCACAGCAGAUUGGAAACGAUGAAAACAGCGCGAAGCAAAACUAUCAGCUUGUGCUAAUGUCCCUACGAUCAUUCCUUUCCAGACUGGCUCCAAGCUUGCCUCCGACACUCCUCCUAGAACUAGGUAUGCGAGCACACAACAAUAUGGGAUUACUCAGUUACGCCAAGGGAGAUGAAGAUGCUGCUACUUCUCUUUUUCAAGCAGCAUUGGUUUUUGCCAAGCAACUCUCGGAAAUUUCGAAGGCCUACAGUCUCGAAUAUGUAACCGUCCUUUCUAACUGGUGCCGCGUAAGCUGGAUGAGGGGUGACAUAAAUGACAAUUUGUACAAGGGGUUGCGCGAAGUUCUCCGACUUCGUUCCGCAAAUCUUUGUUGGGAUCAUCCAGAUGUGGCGGCAGCCCAUUACAACUUGGCUGUGGCUGAAUACGCUAGGCAGCGGGAGGAAGAAGCAACUUUACAUUUGCGCCAGUAUCUACACGUUGCCUCGCACCGAUCCGAAACCGGACAACACGAUGUCGACCCUAUUCCUGCUCUGAUUCACUUGCUUUUGCUGCAGAACGAAGAGAAGGACGACAGCAUAUCACAAGACUUGGUUCGGGGAUUGCGCACACUCCAGGACAAACGUCAAGAUCAGGGACCGCGUAGCUCCGAUGUAGCCUCGGUACUAAACUUUAUUGGCACGCUGCUUUUUCACAAGCAAGAUUUUGAGAACGCACUACUAUUCUUUGAAGAAGAGCUGCGAUUGGAAGAAACAAUGCAAGAAUGCACGGACGACAUUUCGGUUGCGGUAACCUGCAAUAACAUUGGCCGCAUCUUACAAGAGCUCGGUCGCCACCCGGAAGCGGUACACUUUUACAAGCGCGCUCUCGAAAACCGAAUACGGAGAUUGUGGUACAACCUUGGGCUGAUCCAUGAUCGACUCGGGGCCUACAUUGACGCCAUUUCCUCCUUUCAAAUGUCUUUGGAAUUGCGUAAGACGAUGCUCGGACGUGACCACCCCGAUAUUGCCUGCCUACUGUACAAUAUUGGAGUCCUGCAAAUGGAACAGCAACAGCUAUCUGAAGCGUCGUUUUCCUUCAGAGAGGCGCUGCGUAUCCGAUGCGUAGGCACCACGGGUCAGCUCAACGAUCGACACGUAAUAAAGACGCUGGAAAAGCUCUCGUCUUUACAAAGAGCCAAAGGAAAUAUUAACGGUGCUCUGGAAGCGUCUCGUGAAGUCUUACGUAUUCAGGAAGUUACGGCCGAGUACGAUCAUGUAACCCGGCUGAAGGACACAGGUGUGACGCUGCGAUCAAUUGCGGAACUCCAGCACGCAAUUGGGAAUCUUGACUGUGCCCUUGAGGCUUCGAUGGAAAGCGCUCGCAAACUCGAAGCAGCCAACAGCGCUCGGUAUAGCCAAGAUGAGACCAUGAACAGCAAAAGUGUUUCCGAUUCGUUUGUCUACACGGAACACCAGGUCUCAUCUUUACUUUUGGUCGGGAGUCUACACCAUGAACUGGGCGAGCCGAUGCACGCACUUCGUGUCUUUGAGGAGGCCUUACUGCUGAUGGAAGAAGCCGACGCUAGGCGACUCGUGCCUUCGAGCCACGCGUUGCGUGAAGUUACUUGCAUGUUAGCUCGCUCCCACUGUGCCCCGGUUGCGUAA